GUUUCCGUUAGCCAACUUGCCAAAAAUGCGCAGUUUUUUAUAUCUAUAAAAAAAUGAAUGCAUAUAUAUUUAAAAUUUAAUUUUCUGAAUAAUUAAAAUUUUUUUGUAUCGUUAAAAAUUUUACUACUUAAUAUAAAGUAUUGUGCAUUAGUAGAAAAAAUUAAAGUCAAUUCAUUAAGAAGUAUAAGACAAUUAAAAAUGAAAAUGUAUGAAAAUGAAGUAAGAAUAAAACAUGGUGAAAUCGUUUGCCCAUCAUCAGAAUUAGAUUUAGGUGCCACUUUGAAAAGCGGUCAAAGUUUUAGAUGGUUUUGUCAUAACAAUGGAUAUCGAGGAGUAUUUGAUGGAUGUGUUUGGACUCUUAUGCAAAAUGAUACACAUUUGUCCUACAUUGUACAAGGUCCAUUAAUAGAUUCUAAAAACUAUGAUGAGAUUUUAUCUGAAUACUUCAGAUUGAAUGAAUGUUUAACAGAUCUAUGCAAAAAAUGGUCCGCAAUAGAUCAACAUUUUAAAAAAUCCUUAAAUAAAAUAAGCGGUGUUAGAAUAUUAAAUCAGAAUGUUAUUGAAAAUGUUUUUUCUUUUAUAUGUAGUUCAAAUAAUAACAUUCAAAGAAUAUCAAGAAUGGUAGAAAAAUUAUGUACAUUGUUUGGUGAAAAAAUUUGUUCAGUUGAGGGCAAAAAUUAUUAUAAUUUUCCAUCUAUUGAAGCAUUAGCAAGUAAAGACAUUGAAAAUAUAUUAAAAAUGGAAAAAUUUGGAUAUCGUGCAAGAUACAUAGCAAAUGCAGCAAAAUGUUUAAUUGAACUUGGUGGAAAAGAAUGGUUAUUAAAUUUGCACAAAAAAAAUAAUGUAUCAUAUAUUCAAGCUAGAAAACAAUUAAUUACUCUUCCUGGGAUUGGUCCAAAGGUUGCAGAUUGUAUAUGUUUGAUGUCAUUAGGCCAUUUAGAGUCUAUUCCUGUAGAUACUCAUAUCUUUCAAAUAGCUAGAACAAAUUAUUUACCUCAUUUAAAACAAUAUAAAACUGUUACUCCAAAAAUUCAUGAAGAAGUUAGUAAUUAUUUGCGUGAAUUAUGGGGUCCUUUAGCUGGUUGGGCUCAAGCUCUUGUUUUUUGUGCAAAAAUUAAUGAUAUUGUUACUACUACCACAUCAAAUUAUAAACAUAAAAAUAAUACAAAUAGUAAAUCAUUUCAUCGUUAGAAUUUGAAAAAUCUUAAAAAAUAAUGUACAUUUAUUAUACAACAAUAGAUUUAUUAUUUAAAUUAAUAUUAUAUUUACUUAAUAAUCUUUCUUAAUUUUUAUAUUACAUCAUAUAUUUAGAAAAAUGUACAAAAUCAUGUAAAAAAUUUAAUUCUAAUUUUUCUUUCAUUCAAAUAUUUACAAUAUUAUUAUCUAAUAAUUAUAUA